GUUGCGCUGAGAAGGCAGCAAGCUCAGGAAGAGGAACUGGGAAUCAGCCACCCAGUGCCCCUGCCCAGUGCUCCCGAGACAUUUGUGAAGAAGAGCAGUGGCGGCAGCUCUUGUCUCUUGUUGGAAAGCAGCAGCCCCACGCACUCAACAAGUACCUCCAUGACAGCAGCCAACACACCAUCAGAGGGGCGGAUGCUCAUUCAGGACAUCCCUUCCAUCCCCAGCAGAGGGCACUUGGAGAGCACAUCUGAUUUGGUUGUGGACUCCACCUACUACAGCAGUUUUUACCAGCCGUCCUUGUAUCCUUACUAUAACAACCUGUACAACUACUCCCAGUACCAAAUGGCAGUGGCCAGUGAGCCUUCCUCAAGUGAGACGGGGGGUACGAUUGUAGGGUCGGCCAUGAAAACCAGCCUUCGAAGCCUCCCAGCAACUUACAUGCAAAGCCAGUCAGGAAAACAGUGGCAGGUGAAGGGCAUGGAGAGCCGCCAUGCCGUCAGCUCCCAGUACCGCAUGUGCUCCUACUACCCGCCUGCCUCCUAUCUGGGACAGGGUGUUGGUGCUCCCACGUGCCUCCCCCAAAUCCUGACCUCGGAGGACAUCCCCUCCUACUCGGAGUCAAAAGCAAGAGUGUUCUCGCCGCCCAGCAGCCAGGACUCCGGCCUGGGGUGCCUGUCCAGCAGCGAGAGCACCAAGGGGGACCUGGAGUGCGAGCCCCCCCCG